UGCAGGCGCAGUCAGUCUGUACCGGAGCAAGAACUAGGAGGCCGAGUGCGGUAAUUCGUCUACUCAGUAGUCCGACCAGCGGUGCACCCGAGCGAACCAAAGUGGCCUUUUUUGACACUCGCAAAGAAUGGUUUGACAACAAUAAUUCGGUGACACUUCAGACCGGCGAUACAAAAAAAUAAUAAAAGCUUGGCCAUGGAGCUUGCGGCAAGGAAAAGAUAAAUCGACGAUUAGUUUCCUGCAGCCACACACAUUUGGAUAAUUUCGCUGAACUGACUUCAAAAAAUGACGACGCUGCGUUGGUUGUGCGCUUGCCUGGCGCUAAUGGCGUGUGUGCAGGCACAGCUUUGUCCCUGGCAAAACGACCACCCUGAAUUGGCGUCUGCAUGUUUGUGCGCGACAAACCUGGCGCGAGAAGUCUCGAUUCAGUGCGACCUGGUCGACUGGCCUCUCCUUUUGGCCGCCCUACAGAGGCAUCUACCCCCCGGCCCGGGCCCGGUCAUCGACCUCCUCUACGUCAGCAACAGCACCGUCCGAACGCUGCCGGCCGACGUGCUGGUCGGUGUCCGGCGCGUCCGCAGCCUCCAGAUGUCCGGCUGCAAAAUUGAGAAAAUCGAGACUGGUGCUUUCAGGGGACAAGAAACGUCCCUCAAGAAUCUCAAUUUGCAGGAUAAUUUAUUGGACGCCGUGCCAGUGGCUGCCCUGCGUCCCUUGCGCAACCUGACCCUUUUGGAUUUGUCUCGCAACAAGCUCAAUCGAGUGACCCAGGACUCGUUUAGUUCACUGGGCGCCCUGGCCACCCUGAAACUGGCCGACAAUGAAAUCACCCUGGAGCCUGGCGCAUUCCACGGAUUGGAGGCUUCUUUGAGAAACCUGAAUCUCAAGGGCACCAGGCAGAAGAGACUUCCAGAGGCGGUCAGAGGACUAAGGGCUCUGGCCUUCUUGGACCUGGCUCAAAACGGACUCAGGGAAUUGCCGACGUCAGGUGCCGCUGCGGGAAGAACUCUGCAGGGCCUGGACUCGCUCACGGCCAUCAACCUGGAACGCAACCUGAUCCAGAGCGUAGCGCCCGAUGCCUUCGCAGGGGUCGCCGAUACGCUCAGCUCGUUAUCACUGCUCAACAAUUUGCUCACCGACUUCCCAACGCCCGCCAUCUCCACCCUGAAGGAGUUAAGAGUCCUCGACAUUGGGUUCAACCUGAUCACAACCCUGCCAACGGACGCCUUCAAUGGAACCCCCUCCCUCACCCUGCUGGCGCUGGACGGCAACCCUCUUGCGUCUGUGGCAGAGUCCUCGCUGAUUCGCCUCAACUCGACUUUGAGGGGACUCAGCAUCGGCGGACGAUUUCUUAAGUGCGACUGCAAACUUAAGUGGCUGGCCAACUGGCUCAAGAAUGGAGAGCUGCAAGUGACCAGUCGCGAAAGGGCGCCCCAGUUUUGUGGGGAGCCGCCACGACUCAGGGACAGAGGUUUUUCGACAAUUCAACCAGAGGAAUUGUCGUGCGAAGCAACAAACGAAGUUGAGGACGCGUCCUCGGCCAUCAUCGAAAACGCGAUUCCCGUUCAGGCGGUGGAGACGUCUUCGUCGACCACGACCUCCACCACGACAGAAGCGCCAACCAGCCCUUCUACGACGUCGAGCUCGACUACCACAACCACCACCACAACACCGGCACCCACAACCCCAAGAUCCACGACAACCACCUCAACGACCACCACCACUACCAGACCAACGACGACCACAACUCAGAGAGUGCGAAUCACUGGCUCUGCAAAUGUAUUGGUGUCCAAGCCCCCUCCAGUGGUGGUGCCUUCGGCCGCUCCUCCCCCUCCCAGAGUGGUCAACAGUCCCAAGCCAACGCCUGCCAGACAGAAUCCGGCCCUGAUUUUGGGCGGAAGCCACAGAUCCAGAAUCGAGGAUGAUGAAGAUGAGGUCAUUGUGAAAUCGGCAAGUCGCGUGGAUAACUACGUUGUGAUCAAUUGGGACUCUAAAGCCACAAACAUUCUCGGAUUCAGGGUCGUGUAUAGACUCUUUGGUGACAGGAGCUUCAAGCAGGGUCCACCUUUGGAUGCUUCGGAGCGCGAAUUUAAAAUCAAGAACGUCCCUCCUCAGGAGUGUUUGGUCGUCUGCGUGGUUUCUUUGGAAGAAGUUCGCGCCAGUCCGGACACGGUGCCGCCGAGGCAGUGCCGCGAAAUCCGAACCGAGCAGAAAUACGCCGGAGCGUCGACGGGCAACAUGGACCGCGUGACCGUGGCCGCGAGCGCCGCCGUUUGCGGGGUGGUGCUGCUGGCCGUGCUGGUUCUCCUCGUGGUCAGCAGACGCCGAGCUCAAAAGCUACGCAGAGCACUCAGCAGACAGCAGCAAGUGGUGCCACCCAGCAUUCCACACGGGUUGUGUCCGCACAAGGCGGCCAACCUGCUGAUGGCAGGAGGAACCCUUUCCGGCGCGCCUCCCUCGAUCAGUGGCUUCAGGUCGCACCAGCCCGGCACCUUGGCCAGGGACUGGGAAGUCGGUUCCAUGUACAGUGCCAGGAGCAUUCCGCGGCCAAGGGUCUUGGCCACCCCUUCCCACCACGGCUCGGUAAUGGGUUGUGAAGCAGGCGUGCACGGAGCCUCCGUGUCGCGCUCCAUUGCCGACGGACAAUCGCAGAGAUCCUUUUCUGGGCUCUCGGCAGCCAAAUUCUUGAGCUCAGGCGGCGCAAUGUCUCGUCCAGACUUGCGACAAUCUCGACAGUCCCUUGCAGCCCCUUCCGAGAGAAUGUCCCGCGUUGGUUCUCCCCAAAGACGACCUCCAAGUGCUCAACAAGGCUCACGGACUCGUUCCCGGAGCCGCGAGAGCCUGAGCUACAUGGAGCAGACAAUGGAGGGUAGCAGACCUGCGAGCAGAUGCUCCUCGGCCCUGCACCGCCACCACCACACCCACCUGAGGGCAGGCACCAACACUUCGGGCUACGACACCUCUGACAACUGGACGGACCACGACAUGGACAUUUACAUGGCGAGGAAUCCCACCAGGGGCAGCAGAAACAGUCUCGUGAGACUGUGAUUCUGACGACAGGCGGGAAUUUAGGCGCUUGAUGAGAGCCAAUAGGAAAUUUCGACGGCAAUCGACAUGACUUCUUGGUGAUGGUGAAGACAAAGACGUCUCUUGUGGCUCUGAUAAUCAAAAUUGAGACAAACCUGGGAUGACAAAAACACACACAAGGUGCCACUGACGGACUUUUCUCAGAACAACCGCUCUGUGACUUUUCUUAUUAUCGCGAGAGUGUUCAGGAUCAUUCUUUCUUAAAGGUGUGCUCAAUUGUGAAGUACUUGCAAUCAUUUCAACAUUCUUACUGCUGAAUUAUUUAAGGCUCAAUAUACUUAUAACGCGCUAACUGUAAGUAAGAUCAUCUAUUGAUUGUAGGAGCGCUAAAUUUAAGAAUUAGAAUUGAUAAAUUUAAUUUAAACCCCAAAACAUGUACAUUCUGUUUCCCCCGAGUUGUUAAGUUGCGAUCAUAUAGUGUGUAUCUUAUUCCAUUAAAUCAAAUAUAUUUGCAAGAAAAAUAAAAAUUUUGAUUUAAA